UCAUAUGUCUCGAAUCUACAGCAUCAUUUCUCAUUUAGAAACUGUGUUUUUCACAAGUCUUGUUUUUAAAUAAUUUAUUAAUUAUUGUGACAGUUGAUACUAUUUGAAAAAUAUGGCCAAAUAUCUGAUGGUACUUCUUCUUGCCAUUGUGUCAACGACAUUUGCUUUUCCAGCACAAUUUGAAAAUGAUGCAGAUAUGUUGACAAGAAUAAAACGAGCAGCUGAUCCUCAUCACCAUCAUCAUCAUGGUGGCGGUGGUGGUGGUGGUGGAUAUGGAGGAUAUGGAGGAGGAUAUGGUUAUGGAGGAAGUUCUGGUCACGGACAUCAUCAUUUUCAAGGAUUAUUAGGCGGUGGUCAUGGUGGAUACGGAGGUGGUGGUCACGGUCAUGGACAUGGUAGUCACGGACAAGGUGGUUAUGGACAAGGUGGUUAUGGACAAGGAGGUCAUGGACACGGAGGUUAUGGACAGGGAGGAUACGGACAAGGAGGUUAUGGUGGAAAUUCAAAUGCCCAAAGUUCAGCAAAUGCCGGAAGUAAUCCAUAUGGAUCGUAUGCAAAUGCAAAUGCUAAUGCUGGAUCCAGUUACGGUCGAUGAGAAGCUGUUCAAUUUUUAUAAUGUGUUCAUCAGAAAUUGUGUUUUUAAAACAAAAUAGACUAUACAACAUUUAUAAUUUAAAGAAUUAUAUUUAUAUAUAUAAUAAUAACUGUAUUCAUAUAUGUGUAUGCUUGUGUACGUGAGAGAAAGAGAGAAUUAAUGUAAAAUGUAGUAAAAUAUAAAAAUGAAAAUGGCUCAUAA